UCUCAAUGGAGGGACUCCACCUGAAGUGCUGAUCAGGAAAUCGCUCCCAUCCGAUCCCUCCAUCUCAGCACUGAGGGCGGGUCCUCAUUGGAAAGCCAACAGGAAACGUGUCUCCUUCCCCAGCCUGUCCCCAUCUCCCACCGCGUCGACUGACCGGGGAGGGACAGAGACAGAGACUGAGACGCAGCGUGGGACAAGGGGACAAUCUGCAAAUGAAUCCGAACCCAAACACCGGGGAUUGUAAAGCCUUGGCAGGGUUCCAUGACGUCUGCUGCAGUACGGUAAUGUGGGCCGCGUUUGCUGCGACCGGGAUUCUCCUCAUCCUGUCCAUGAGCUGUAACAUCCUUUGCUGCACCCGGAACUACAGGAAAGACCCCACCUCACGGUUCCUACCCCGCCUACGGAGGAGUUUCAGCUUCAAGUCGAAAGGAGUCGAAGACAGUCCAGUCUACGGGAACAUCAGCUACAUUUACAAUGAAAGGGAAUCACAGAGUGACGGGCACGGACCCAGGACGGGCGCUAAGGGCCUCACUCCGGGACACCUCUGCUAUGCCAAACUGGAGCUGCCCUCGUCCCGGGAGCAGGGGGCCCGGAGUCCGGCGCUGACGCCGUACUCCGAGACCCUGCCCAUGUUGAAGAUCAGCCGGGCCGGGGGAGCAGCCAAACCGCACCGGCACAGGGGGACGCCGGGGGAAGGCUCCCUCUGCCGCACCGUGCCCCAGUUCCCGGACAGCGCGACGCUGGAGAACGCAGACCUGUACAGCUCAGUGCGGGCGGGCUCCCCAGGGGGGCGGACGGACCACCAGCAGUACGCCAACAAAGCAACUCUGUCAAUCUAGUAAAACUG